AUGACUGAACAAGUAAAUGAAGCCUGCACCAAAGUAAAAGCUGACCCUAAUUACCAAGGAAAAUUCAAUUUAAUUGGGAUUUCCCAAGGUGGAAUGAUUGCUCGAGGAAUUCUUCAGCAAUGUCCUGGACUUCAAGUCAGUAAUUUAAUUACUAUUGGGUCCCCAGUAAUGGGAGUUAGUAAAUUCCCAGAAUGUGAAAUUGGAGUAAGAUGUGCUAUGUAUGAUAAUGCUGCUAAAUUAGGAGUCUAUUCAAGCACUUUCCAAGCUCUUGGGCCUGGUGGCUAUCUAAAAGACCCAUACCAGUAUAAAACUUAUCUUAAAAAGAGUAGUUUCUUGGCUGAUCUAAAUAAUGAGAGAAAAAUCAAUAAAAAAUAUAUUGAUGCCUACUUGAGCUUAGAGCAUUUCGUGCAGUUUUACUUCACUGAAGAUAGCGUUGUGAUUCCUAAACAAAGCGAAUGGUUUGGCUAUUUCAAAGAAAAUUCUGAUGUAGUGCUGACUUAUAAUGAAACUUCAAACUAUAUUAACAACUACUUAGGCUUUAGGACUAUGGAUGAGCAAGGAAAAAUCAUUAGAGUUUUGAUAGAAGCUGGACACUGUGACUUGACUGCUAGGCAAGUUAAACGCUAUCUGCUUCCUUAUCUUCAAGAUUAA